AUGGAUUACUCGGUAAACUGGGCAUGGAAGUGGUUCGCCGGCUACACGACUUUUGUCCUCAUCUACGACAUCGCCUGUCAGUACCACAUCAACGCGCGCAAACGAUUCGAAGCAUCUCCGUUCCUGCAGUGGCCCAUUGCCGCUACCUUCUUUUGGGCCAUCGGCCAGUUCCACGUUCACGGCCAUCAAAAUCGGUGUUACGCUCGGCAUUCGCUGAGCUUCGUUCCCAACGUCGGCCAUCAAGAUGGUGAAGUUGUCGAAACCCUCUGGAAGCCAUUGAAUUUUAUUAAGGACAGUAUUCGUGGGAUGGCUACGUCGCAUCGCAAAGAGGUUAUCGACGCUCACAUGCAAGAUUCGAAUUGGAUGAAGCUCUGUCGUCUACCGAAGUCAUUGGUUGACAAGUGGGAGGAAUCAGUGGAAGAGUACACUGCAGCAAAGGAGGCCUUUCAAGAAAUUGACCGUGUCGCCAAUGAGGAAGAGCGCGCCGAAUGGAAACAGGAGAUUCUCGAUGCGCGAGAGGCACGCAAAACCGAUGCCUCCGCCAUGGACAUUUUUACACCGAAAAAGAUCAAACCGGCGAACAAGACGCAAGUCAGGACGGCUCUCUUGAACGGCGACACCACGCACACGGUAUCACUCGAGAAUCCGAUUUCAGCGGACUUACUUGCAUGGCUCUCAUUGGGAAUCAGUAUAGACCGCCAGAGGGUGGUCAUUGCGCGACUCGUUCGGGACUUGCGGCAGAGCUCUACCGACAAGGCGAAACUGACGAUUUCGGAGAAGAGGCAACGGUUGUCAUCGGACAUUCGAUCGUUCAAUACCGACGCGACAAAGUAUCUCAGUAACGCUCCUCCCCGGCUGGUCGUUGGCCCCGGGGAUCUCGGCGAGGAAUGGGAUUCCCUCGAAGACUACGGGACUGACGCAACAGCGAACACGCCGCAGGCAACUGACUCCGGCAGUCCAGAGCAACUUCCCAUUCUCAUGCCGUCCGCACUCGGUAUUCGGUAUUGCAAGGAUCACGGUCUGAUAGACGUCGUCCUUGCGGAGCGAGAACUUCGGAAGGGAGAGAUGAACGAAUGUCUUUCCGGUGUUCGUGACGGGAUUGACACCAAGUCCUACCUCUACUACGCUCGGGUUCGCAACGCCACUUCCGUCCGCAAAUCUCUCCGCUCCUUUAGCGAGAUCCGCAUGGUCGACCACUCAGUAGCGAAGUAUGUCCGGCUCUACAUGCUUUCUCGCACUGCCCUCGCUGCCCUGUACGACCCGAACGACCCUGAAGAUGUCAAGAAAAAAUCGGAUGAUCUGGUCAUUUACAAGCCCAUCACAAAGUCCGAUCUCACUGUCAACACCACGAUCCUGGAAGCAACCACCAGGGGUGCUCGGAACAAGCACCCUUCAUGGAUCUGGACGUUUACCGGAACAUCGGAAGAGGGCUCCACCUUGUACAAUGAUGAAACCCGACGAACAAUGUGGCAGCGUGGCUACGAGCGAAAGGACCGUUGGUGGGAGAACCUGAAUGCGCUUGACCUGGAGAUGCUUUGCGUGGUGCUGGAUUUUGCCCGGCUCAAGGAGAACUGGUUCCGCCGGGCCGUGUUCAUGGCGGAGUCACCCUGCCAUAAGUGUUACGCUAACGGACAAGCUCGCAUGUGGGAGAGAAAGGAGAAGCAGAGCGCAGAGAUGUUCCGCACCGUCCGUCUCGCGCAUCCUAAACCUCUCCAGUAG